AUGCCUACCUGUCUAAUUAAGAAGAAAAACAAUAAUCUUUUUCCGCAGAUUCUUGAAGAACUUAAUCGUGAAAAAGAAAACCAACAGCCACGAGCCUCGUCUGAUGCAAUGCAAUUAGAAAUGGAGCGCUAUGUUGACUGUCUACUCGCAUCGCCAUUGUGCCUUUAG